GCGCGCUCCCGGGCUCGGCCGCCGCCUCGCCGAGCGCAGAAGGGCCGGGCCGGGGCGGCGGGCGGCGCGGACUCCGCAGCGAUGAAGGGGCCCCCGGGGGCCCGCAACCCGAGAGCCCCCGGGGCUGGAGGCGCGCGCGGCCCGGGCCAACAGCCUGGGGGCGUUGGGGCCGGCGCAUAGGGGCCGCCACCGCGAUGGAGCGCGCCGGGGACGAUCCGGACUCGCCGCCGCAGGUGGUUCCCGGUGGCCGGGAGUCGGGGGCCAGCACCCGCCGCAGCGGCUUCCCAGCGUCGUCCGCAAGCUCUGAGGCUCCAGCCACUGGCAAGUUAAGUCUCUGAAACUCUGCCGGGAGGCUGAGGGGCUGAGCGGUGGCGAGGGGACCCAGCGUCCUUAGGACGUACAGUGCAGGGGGCGGGGGAGGCACGACCAAGUUCACCACCCGCCCUCCGCCGCCGGGCUCCGGCCUGGGGUCCUAGUCCCUCCCAAGCCAGAGCCCGCAACUUCUGAGAAGGAACAGAGAGGUGAGGCAGGAGAGACUGGAGUAGGAGGCCAGGGAUCUAACUGUGCCUGGGGACAGCCCAGGACCCAGCAGCUGAGGUCGGAGAGACCGCACCCACCCAGACACAGAUGCGUAAACAAGGCCCCAACCGGCCCCCCUGCCCCGACCUCCCCUGGCCGGGCCUAGUCUCAGCUGGGCACCCUUUGCCUGGAUUCUUGUAGAAACUGGGUCUCAGGGGCUCCGGGGAGCUCUCUGCGCUGGAUGCUGAAGCCGGCCUUGUGGAUGGUUGGUCGCCCCAGGCUGUUGGGGACAGCCCUACCUGCGUGGGUACCAGUUUGGGUGGGGUACCCAUCGGGAGCUUGGGCUGUGCGACAUGUACCAGUUCAAAGGACUGGGCACGGAUGUCCCAGUACAGAGCCUGUGGUGCCUCCAGUGUGGUUGUGUGGAAACGGGGCACAGCUGCAUAAGUUACUGGCGUCGUGGGGCGGGUGGCUUCACAGGACGGUGGCUCCAGGGUCCUCUGAGAUUUGCCUUCUGUCCCUCACCACAGAGAUUGAGACAUUUCCUCCCAAACCUGCUUAGCUGGUGACGGCUACUGCCCGUACCGGGCCAAACGUCAAGUCCCCCCCUUCCUUUGUUUGGAACAAAGACCCUUCCCCGUGAGACCUUCAAAGAGACUAUCCAUUGUGCCCAGUCUAUGCCCAUCACCCCCAAAGGUUCUGGAGCUGCAUGCACUCCCCUGUGCCCCUUUGGAUGGGAGCGGGAAGGCUUGCCCAGGUUAUGGAACAGGGAGGGUUGAUGGAUUUGUGCCCCAUUCAGCACCGGCGCCGAGUGGCUUGCUGUGCCCGUUUCUGUACCUGACCCGCAGAUGCUGGGGGAUCCCUCCUUGUUCACGCCUGUUGGAGGCUCACAGGUGCUGGGUUGAGUACGUGCACAGAGGUUUCUGGACCAGCAGGCACUGACCGUCCACCUGAAGCAUGGGGACAGGCAGAGACCGGGGGCUCCAGAGGAAGAUGCCGGUGGGGCCCGCCCUGUCCCCGGCAUCGGGCCUCUGGACGGACCUGCAUUUUCCCACCGUAGUUUUGAAGGGCGAGGGGUGAGGGGCCCUGGGCGGCUGUACCUCUCUGGUCGUGGCACGGCGUAUGAGGCAGGGCAGGAGCGUUGCAAGCGUGGCGGGUUCGGCAGGGUGAGCUGCCCCGAGCCAGGCUCUAGGAUCAGGGAGCGUGUUGGUUCAGCUUUGGCCGGAGGAGGGCCUGAGCUGGGGUGGAGAGGCCUGAGCACUCCCCUCUGCUGAGAACUGAAGGGGGAGAGGGGCAGGGCUGGGGAAGAGAGAGAAUCUGAGAGCCUGAGGCAGGCAGGCAAGCGCGAGAGACAGCAGACAAAGACACGGAGGCACAGAUGACGGGGGCCCAGGGGCACGGGUGGGCCAGCCUCGGGCCUCCUUCCAGGAUGCCCCCGCCGGCAGCCAUCAGCCAGGGCAGGAGGCCCUCCGUGGAGCAGGGGGGACGGCCUACUGAGGAGGGCUCUUCCCGAGGCUCGGAUGAAUGUGGGGUUCAGAGGGAGGUCCUCAGGCAGAAGGGGGACAGGCUGUGAGAUCUGGGACUCUCAGGGAGACCCAUCUCUUGGUGCCUGCCCCACACCCUUCCCGGCCCCAGGGUACAGUGGACUCUGGGGGAUCCAGCACCUGGGGAGAAGGAAAAGGAAAACCUCCUUCCUGCACCUCCAGGCCAGAAGGCCUUUGGGAACCCUGCUGAGAGCGUGGGGUGGGGGGCAGGGAGGUAGUGCCGUGCAGGGCACAGGCUUGGCCAGGCCGGGGCAGCCUCAGCCCCUCUGUGACCAGCUGGGUGGACUUUGGGAAAAGCGGAGCCCUCUAAGCCCUGGUUUCCCGAAGGCCCAUAAAUCCAGGAGCCUCUCCCACCAGGCUGUUUGUAGGUGAAGUGCUCAGUGGAUGUUACUGUAACGUCUGCAUUGCGUUCACCUCCCCACCUUCUUCUGGGAUCUGGAUGGCUCUAGAAUUUGGAGUAGCAAUUCUCUGGCCCACUCUGGGGCCGGUCACAUUGGCCUUGUUGCCGGCUCUCCCCUCAGACUCCCACGCCUCCGGACUCUGGGCCUUGUCCAGCCCCUGCCAUGCCUCUGCAUCGAGACAUGCUUGGUGUCUCCUUGCCGAAUGGCAGCAACAUGGGUCCCGUGUCUAAUCGGUGGUCAGUGUGGUCACUGCACGUCUCAGACAGUGGUUGUCCCCAAAAAUCCACACAACUGACGAGAACCCCAGGCCGGUGGCCUCUUGGUAUCCGUGCUAGAAGCUGGCAGAGUGGGCGGAAGUCGCUUAAAAGCCCCCUUCCACACACAUUCACUGAGCACCUACUGUGUUCCAGGCUCUGGGCCAGUGCUGGGGAUGUAAAGCGUCAAACAAUCCAAAAUCAAAUCAGGUUUCCUGUUUAGCUUUAGGAGGAAGGACUGUGUGGGUUGCUUUUUUUUUUUUCCGCAGCUACAGCAAAUUUACUUUUCUAAUGAGGUUUAGCUCCAGCCAAUAUUAAAAUGAAUCUGUACUCCCUGAGCGCACCAGCUGACAGCGGGACAGCGGCCUUCCAGCCAAGCGCCUGGCAGGGAUUAGGGCUUUGCCACCGAUAAGCCCAAAAGUGGGGAGUCUCAGUCUGGACCUUCAAGAGUUGGCUGGAUUGGCGAUGAGCCUUGCCUGCAGUAUUAGAGCUGUCAGCAGGGUUUCUCCUGCCCUGCAGGUAGAAGACGUGAGCCGUUAUUAUUGCUUCAUGAGGAGCGGGGAGGGAAGCAGGGGGAGCAGAGACCAGAGGGCAGGGCUGUGGGUAUUAGGAGGGGACCCGGUCUGCGGGUCCUUGCUGAGCGCCGUGCAAGCUUGGGCGCAUGCGGUCACCUCCGCCUCACUCCUCUCCGUCUUGCUUCCCUCUGUGUGAAGUAGUUGAACAAUCCAUCCUCGGAGGCCGUGAGUGUCUUCGGGCUCAGGACUCUGAGCUGUUCAUUUAACCAGCACUCAGAAGCCUUAGAACCCAACACUGGACGUGGGGCGGGCUGCCCUCCCUCCCUGGUGGGCAUCCCGCAGCCACACCAGCCACGCUUCAAGAGCGCAGUAGCGCACAUGGCCUGUGGCCACCAUACUGGAUGGUGUGGACGCACGUAGGAUGUGCCCAGCGUCCCCAAGUUCUCCUGGCAAGUGCUCUUCUGGGCUCUACACAGCUGGUUUAGCGAGGCACUCAGCGUGGGCUGCUGGACUCACAUCCCGGCUCUGCCACGCACAGCUGUGUGGCCUGGGCCAUCGCCUAACCUCUCUGUGCCCCUCAUGUCUUGUCUCUAAGCAGGGAUAACGGGAUGUUUGUGAGGCAGGAAUAAGGAUUACAGUUAAUCGUGGUACUCACUUAGAACGUGAGGAGUGCUUUGCUUAGCAAUUUUUUUUAUUACUCAUUUAGUUAAGAUUUCACCUAACAGACACUUAGGGAACAGCCUACUUGGUGCCAGGCGUGCCGAGGGGCCCAGCGUGUGGCCUUGCUUCCGUCUCCCAGCCACCCUGAGUCUCAGUUUCCUCCUCCCCUGUGAUGGGGGCGUGGCCGGUUAAUAAGCCCUCACCACUCUCCGGGGACAGAAAAUGAGGUGGGGUGUGUGUCUGCCUUUGCAGAUAAACACUGCCAGGUCCCCAGGGAAGCAGACGACCCCCCCCCCCCCCCAAAGAGCAUUUCCUUAGCCCCCGUGUGUUCAAGGUAAAAGGGGCAAAUGAGGUUCCGGCCUCCGCCAGCAUCUCGGUGGGGACGUGAGGGCUCUGCCUGGGCUCCCAGCCCUGGACCUAAGGUCCAGCGGAGCGAGAGGGGCCCUGGGCCAGACGGGAUUAGCGGUCAGCUGGCUGAGCCCAGUUCCAGGCCCAGCUGUGUCGGCCGCUCUCUGGGUGACAGAAUCUCAGGAGCCUCUAUCUCCUCAUCUGAAAUGAAAGGAGCACGAAGCAUGUGAACAUUUCCCACCGCGAUUACACCGCUUCCCUUGGCAAGCUCUCCAUGACGGACGCCCCAGGAGCAGGAGGCAGGAGUGGGGAGCCCACCAGCCGAGAAGGCAAAGGGAAGAGGGAACGGGUCUGGGGACCGUGGACUAGCGAUGAGGCCAGCAGACGGCCUGGCCUGGGAGUAGGGUUCUGUGGCUGCAGGCGCUUCCUUCUUUCUGCAGAUAAAGAAGCCGGUGCCCAGGGAGGGUCCACUCCUGUUUCAGGUCACACAGCACUUUGGUGCCUUGUCCCAGACUGUGACCUGAGUCUCCCAAUGCCCACCCCUCCCUCUCUCAGGUCCCCUGUGCUCUUGCAGGACAGAGACAGGCAGCAGGACCGCAGGAGCAGCCCCCCAGGCUCGGGGUAAGAGGCCCACCCUGAGAGCCGGGCUCCUUUCCCCCACCAGCCGGCACAGGCCUUCGCUCUCCUCCCAUGAUAGCUGGCCCAGGAGGACCCAGCUGAACUAUCCUGACAGGGCCCCAGGGAAGGUCAGCUGGUUCAGGCCACAGGCAACGCAUUAAAAAUACACUGGAAACCUUAAUUAAACCAGUGAAUCAUCAGCCUGCAGGGUAUGUGCUUGCACACUCCGACCGGAGGGGCGAGGUCAGCCUGGAAAUCCUCAGGCUGGGUGAGCCAUCGGGGCCCUCGCUGGCUCCAGACCGGUUCCGGGGGCUCCCAGCUCCGCUCAGCCCAAUCCCGAAGCCCUGGGUCCCCAUUAGCUGAUUGGGGUCCCCCGGGCGGCCUCUGCAGCCUGAGGAAAUCCAGGCUCGUCCUCAGCCCCCUCCCCCGUCACUGACCCGAUGCCCUUGGAGGUCAGAGAGGACUCGGGGUGUCAGGCCGCAUCCCUGGAGGCCCAGUUACUGGAAGGUACGGCCAGUGGAGUGGCCACACCAGGCCUCCGGGGAAGCCCUCCCCGCACAGCACGGAGCAGAAGGACGGACCGGCUCACAGCGGGGCUGCCCGUUGGGCCCCGGACCCGCUCUGCUCCCAGGUGGCUCUGCUUGGGUUGCCGUACUGCCUCUGAGCAGGUUCUUUUCUUUCUCCCUCAGAAAGCUUCUGAACUAAAGCCGAAGCAUUACUCACCUAACUCAUCACCUGCCGAUAUUAACUUCCUCUCCCUCCUGUAAAUCUCCCUCUGAGAACCAGCAUUCCAGCCUCCACCCCUCCCCACACCCGAGACUGGAGACCCAGCAGGCUGCCUUGCGUGUGCGUGCCUGUGUGUUCCAGUGUGUGCAUGCAUGCAUGCGUGUGAGUGCACGUGUGUGUGUGUGCAUUCCAUCCUCUGGCCACGUCUUGCUCACUCUUAGCAGUUCAUCUGGAACCCCUGGGGUUGCGUCCCCCAGGCGUGCCCUGUGCAUAUUUCCUCAUGGUAAUGCUCCCAAGUGACAGCCAGCAGGAGGGCCACGCACUGGGACCACACACAGGUGCCCACCCAGCCCCGCUGCAAGGAAAGCCCCCUUAUGCCCCUGCCGGUGUCUGGAUGGGUCAUUGCUGACCCAUCUAACCAAAACUUCUGGAUGACAGGUUCGUUUUUGUAGUUUAAAAAAAAAAAAACACUUAAAGUAAAAUGAAAAUGUACCAUCUUAACCGCUUUUAAGUGCUUACUGGCAUUAAGUACGUUUGCGGUGUCAUGCCACCAUCCAUCUCCAUCUUGCAAAGCUGGUUUAGUGAGGCGCUGAGAGCGUGGGCUGCUGGACUCACAUCCCGGCUCUGCCACGCACAGCUGUGUGGCUUGGGCCAUCGCCUAACCUCUCUGUGACCCUCAUGUCUUGUCUCUAAGCAGGGAUAACUGCUUAAAGAACUUUUUCAUCUUGCAAACUGGAAACUCUGUACCCUUGCAAGCCCCCGCCGCCAGCCCUGACAGCCACCCUUCUGCUUUCUGUCCCUAUGAGUCUGACCACUUACCCCCCUCUGUAAGUGGGUCACAUGGGCUUGGCCGGGCUGCACCUGCCCCUCCCUGAGUGCAGCGUCCUCCAGGGUCAUCACGUCGGAGCAGGGGUCAGGGCUUCGUCCUCGCUCGGGCUGGAUCGCACCGUGUGGAUGUGCUUUGUCUGCCUGGUCAUCAGGCUGGCGGGUCGCUUGAUGCCAGACUGUGGGGCAGAAGUGGUCAACAGUGGUGUCUCCCCAUUGCCCUUCCCUCCGGGAGGCCGCAGACGCCUCUGUGCCCUGAGUACCAGGUGCCAUGAGGAGCAGGGAGGAUGGAGCCCUGCUUUUCCCCGCCUGUCCAGUACCAAACGCAUGUCCUUAGAGCCCAGCCCUCAUGACAGUCCCCAGGAGAGUGCGCCUGGCCAGCCCAGAGGUGGGGCAGGAGCCCGGCCAGGGAAUAGCAUGCCAGGCAGAGGCACCAGGUGGGGUCGCCUGCCCUGCCCCCUCCAGACCCCCCACCCGGGACCCUCCCUCGCAGAGCCUGUCCCUGGGCCGGGAGCCCUGCUGACCCAGGAGCCCUGUGCACAGGGCCAGCCCCUCUGCACGCAGCUCCGCGGUGCUCAGCCCCGUCUCAGCCGUCGUGCUGCCCUGCUGCCGGCUGUAUAGUGCACGGCCUGUAAAACAGAGUGUCGUCGGGAUCUACCAUCUGGGGGCCGAGCUUAGGGACCCUCCAUCCGUCAUGCCUCUCAGGGGGAGCACGUGCUGCCCACUUGGGCUCACAGGCCUUCUUGGGCUGGACCCCCUGCACCUCCUGCAACACUUUCCCUGAACUGUCUCUCAUCAGGCAGUGGGAGCAGCUGACACGCAGGGGUGGGGGGACGAGGGACCCGGCAGGAGUAACAGUAAACAGAGGUGGUGAGAGCAGCUUUCCGGGAGCCCUCACCUGCUUCCAGGGGGAAAGGGCAGGAAACGAGCAGCCCGGGAUCGAUGGUCCCAUACCCCCAAGCUCAGCCCGAAGGAGGAGAACCGCAGCUCUGACAGCUCUGGAGACAGGAGGAGAGACGGGGGACCCCUGACCUUCCGAAAUCCCCGGUCCUGCCCUGGGCGCGAAUCUUGGAGGUUGGGCAGGGACACGGGACUAAUGCGGGGGGACAGGAAGGUGUCCCAACACCAGGGCAGGCCCAGCUCAGUUUCCAAAUCUGUAAAAGAGGAACAGAAAAGCGGUGCCCGCCCAGGGAGCUGCGUGAGCCCACGGCAGGCAGCCCGCGGCCAGGAGCCCAGACGUCCCGCUCAUCACACCGCCACGGAGCCCACGCCCCGUGGACCGCCCUCCUCGGCACAGCCUUGUCCUUGGGAGGGAGGAAUCUGCUAGAAGAACUGCCCAGAGGCCGGUCAAUGCUGACCCGGGGGGGAGCUGAGGUGCCCUGGCUUCCCCUUCUCUUCCAGACACUUGGACUUGGCUGGAUUCAAACAACAUGGUUGCUGCUAUAAUUUCUAUUACAGUUGACGUCGCCCAGCAUUCGUGGUGCUCCCUGUGGGCCAGGCGCCGUGAUAGUGUUUUCCAUGGACCCCUCAUUUGAUCACAGAGUGGCCUGGUAAGAGUCGCCGAGGAGGGACUCAGUCACAGGGACACUGGUGCAGCCCCUGCUCCGUGUCUGGCCCGGGCCUGGGGUGGAUCCAGAGGAGUCCAUGGCUUGGGGGCUGCGGACAGACACGAAAACCGACAAGCUCCCGCAGGAUACGGGCUGGCCGUUCGCUGUGUGGACGCUGAACGCUCAGGCCUGGGAAAGCUUGCGAAGGGGGAGGGAUAUGGCCAGGGGCGCAGAGCUCCAGGUGGUCUCCCCCGGUCAGCAUCCCACCCCAAACCGCUCGCCAUCAGCACCAGAGGAAAUGGCGGCUGCACAGCCCGGGGGCAGGAGACGGUGCAGUGGGGACAGACUGCCUUCGGCCGCUCACACCCCUCCAGGGCAUCCGAAUCCCAGCCUCGCCCACGGCCCUGCACAGCUGUCCUGGCCCAGCCGGGCGUCACACCCUCAGUUCCAGGGCCAGAACCUCCAGGUUACCCAGCCUGCUUAGUUCUGGUCCCCUGGCCUUGCUGAGACCACAUGCCCUGCUCACUGGCCAGCCAGGGUCACCAGGACCUGUGCCAGCCUCCACGCUGUGGACCGUCCUUGCAGCCAGCACUCCAUACCCACCAGGCAGUGCAGCCCUGGGCCCUUCUCAGCCUCCCUGGGCCUCCCCAGUGGAGGGGGGUCAAGGAGACCCGGUUGCACCACCCCAGCUCCCGGAGCCCAGGGUUCAAGGGUCCUACAGUCUUCGAGCUCUGGUGCCCUCAGCCUCGGCGGGGAGCGCACUGCUCCCACCCAUGCUGGGCGGCCGGGCAGGUGGGGAGGCCCGCCCGGCCGCCCGGUGGCUCUUGCCACCCUGGUCCACUAGAAGCUGCUGGCUUUGCUCGUCUGGUGCCCCAGCCCCGCCGUCCGUCUCGUAUCAGAAUCUGCAGAGCCCGCGGCUCCUGCCCCCACAGGCACUGGCCUGAUCCGGUGGGUGUCACUGUGUCCCAAGCUGCCCCACCCCUCACAGGAUGCUGGGCGAUGCAGCGAGCUGGGCGCUGGCGGGAAAGGUUGGCGUGUUCAGUCCAGGGCGUUUGCUGUGACCGUGUUGGAAUCGGGCGGGGCCUCGGCCUGUGCCAGGGUGGCCUGCCUGCCGGUGCUGCUUAGCCUGUGGCACGGGAGGGCGGGGGGCAGGCGGGGGGGCAGGGAGACGGUCCUCGGAGCCGUGAGUGGAGCGCUCUGCUCCCCGGGAUCGUGCCGCGGGCACAAAGAAGCCCACCUGGGUCAGCUCGAGGGCUCUUCUUUGGCUGACUGGAGACCCACGCGUGGGCCCACAGAUACGUGUGCACUCAUUUAGAGAGGGUGCUGGCCACGAGCACACAUGCAUGCACACGUGUGUGAAGCCGUGAACGGGCAGCCCCGUGACGUCACCCAGAGAGGGUGGCCCCGUGGAGCUCGCAGGAUGGACUCGGCCCCAGCCGCACUCCUGAGUGAAACUACAAAUUCCACGUCCAGGAGGAGGGAGAGCAGGUGCCGCGGCCGCUGCCGUCGGGCCAGUCGGAUGGAGUCAAGCGGGCAGGGGGUGGGGGCACAGUGACGAAGCUGGUACUCGGGGCUCCACAGGGCAAGGACCCUGUGGCAGCCAGCGGGCCCAGGGACACACAGGCCCCCACGCUGGGCCAUGGCAGAGGCCUGGCAAAGGGGGCAGCGGGGGUCAGAGGCCACAGGGAGGAAGGACAUGAGGGGAUGCUGGCCGUGAGGGCCGGGCUGGCUUGGUUUUUGGGUCUCUGGACUCGGCCUGAGACCUGUGCCCCCGGGGCUGGCCCAGACCUCGGGGUGGGAGGGGAGUUACCGUCCGAUGGACCAAGGCAGGUCUGCCAGCGUCCAGAGCUCUCACGAGCGCUGCAGGGAGGGAAGGCGCUGGGCUGGACGUGGGGUCAGGGACGGUGGUGGCAGGAGGUGGAAGGGAAGCAGAGAGGAUGCAGUUAGUGGUGGGUGAGGCAGCACAGCCGAGCGCCUCAGAUGCUACGGAGGGGGACUCAGGAGGUCUUGGGGAGGGCACGUCAGGGGGGCGGGCCAGGCAGUGGGGUGGGCUGUGCAGACAGAUCUCGAUGGGAGGCCGUGGAGGAAAGAGCAGGCCUGGACCGGCAUCCGGGCGCGGCCCGGCGGAUGCAGGGAGCAGUGGCAACAGCCCGGGAUUUCUGUGCUGGCCGCCGAGACGAGGACGAAGAUGGAGCUGCUCUGGGAGGAAGAUGACGGUGGGGUCUCUGCUGUGUUUAAGGUGUCCGUGGAACAUUCCAGACACAGAACAGCUCCAGGCUGGAGGAGGGGACUGAGGCCAGAGCAGGCAGGGGGAGGGGGAGGCCACGGGGAGCCCCUCGGGUGUGCCGGCUGCUGUGCUGGACAGGCCCUGAGGUGUCCCCGUGACCUCUGACGCCCGCUGUCCACGCCUUCAGUGUGGACACGCCUGUGACCAGGAGAACGUGGUCAAGGUGAUGGGCUGUCCCUCCUGCGGUCUCACAGUGUCCUGGAGGACGCGUCCCGGCGGCAGACUUGCCCCGGGUGCCCUCCCUGCUGUCCCAGAGUGUGGGUGACCGUGUUGGCCGAGGACACGGGGCAGGGAGCUGAGGGCAGUGCCGCCCACGGUCCUGUGACUUUGGGGCAGUGGCCUCUGCCGCCCCCCAACCCCGGCCGUGGAAGCAAGCGCACCCCGUUCAGCCCUCCAGGAGCCCCUGCGCAGGGGACCCCGCAUGUCGGCUGGGCUCCUGACCCACGGAAGGUGGAGAUGGAAGAGAAGUGGGUGGUUAGAGCUGUAAGCACGUGACCACAGGUCGGCUGCAGGAGAACACAGGGGCGCUUGUCUUGGGGACAGUGACGUUCUCUUAAAAGCUGGCGCGGUUGCCAAAAGGGGGCAGGGACAGAGAUACAGGGAGGAAGGGGGAAGAGGGGGUCGGGGAGGCAGCUCCUGCCAAGACCAAGCCUCCCCCAGCCCCAGGCCAAGCCGAGGGCCAGAAGCUGGACUCCAUGCAGGGGCCGCUCCCCAGUCCACAGAUGGCAGAGCCGGGCCCGCCCUUACUGCCCCCCCUACCACCAGGGGAGGAUCGCGGCCGUGCCACUCUCUGCCCGCCUGCCCAGGGCUCCCGUCAGCACCUCCCUGCUGGGUGCCCUCCCCGCCCAGCCCUGCACGGCCACCCCAAGACCCUCUGCGUGGUGGCUCUUCACAGGGGGCGUUCGGCCCAGCCGGCCACUGUCAGACGGUGCAGAUCUCCAUCCGGUCUGUGUCCCUCUGGUCGCUGUCCCCACCUUGAGCCAAGCCGCGGGUCACCCGUGUGCUCCAGGCCCAGCCCAGAGCAGCAGCAGGAAACUCCCGAGAUGAAGCCCUCCUGCAGGGAGGCUGUGGGACGAGUGGACGCCCUUCUGCCCAAAGACCAUGCCACUGAUUUAGGAACUCCAGUAAACCCACUGGGGCUGAGAGCUUGUUCCGUUCAAAGUCCUGCAGUGAUGCAGGGGGGACCACGCAGACCAGACCCCCAUUUUCACUCUUUACUAAGAAUCCAAACCUGAUCCCAAGGCCAUAUCUGAAAAACCAAGAAAGAAAACGAGGGAACCACCUCAGACAGACGACCGAUGAACUGUGUUUCCUGACUCUUGGGCAGAAGAAACCCAAAGCUGUUCCGCCCGAGCCGAGCUGACGUCCUUCUGCCCCAGCCGGGGCCUGGUCUCCUGGCGAGAAGGGAACGAGAUGGCGUGAGGCUUGGGGUCCAGGAUGCAGGACCCCCAGGGCCCAGCCACCCCUCCUUCUCAGCCCCCACCGUGAAAGCCCGCUGGGGAGCCCCUUCCUGGGGUUGGCCCUAGGGGGGCCGGCCUGCAGGCAGGAGGCACUGUGCAUGGGGCACCUGGAUGUGAGCAGCUCCGCUGACUCCAGGACCUUGGGCCCUUCCAAGCCUUGGUUUCCUCAAGUGUACAAUGGGUAUGAAACCUCCCUGCCUGCCCCACAGGCUGCUGUGGAGAUAAAGGACCGGCUUUAUGAAGAAAUGAAUCCCACCUGCCCAGGGCAGGGCUGUGAGCUGCAGGGCCAACCCUGAGCCCUCCUGGGCAUCACGCCCUCCUCGUGGGUGGAAGGAGCUGUGGACCCCUCUGUGUCCAGUCCCCUGCGGGGAAGCAGACAGAGAUGGUGGGUGGAGAGGCCCCGUGUCCUGCCCCCUCCCCCGUGGAGCCACUGUGGGUGCAGUGGCCAGGGAGGAGAGGCCUGGGGCCGGUUAAUGGAGUGCGGAUUGACUGGACAGGAGCUGGUUAGCUCUGGCAUCUGGCUUGUCUUGAGCAGCGGCCGCAGGAUCAAUACUAAUCCCUUGAUCCCAUUAGGGCCCCUGCAGGUCUCGGGGACGGCGUCCAGCCUCCCUCCCGGGCACUGUCUGGGGCUGGAGGGUAGAACUGGAGCCCUAACCGCACCCUCCUGCUGUUUGCUGUUAACCCCUCCCCGUGUCCUGCUUCCUGCAGCCCCUGGCACCCCCGCCCGUCCUCUCACACCACCACCCAGCCCCCCACAACCCGGGCCCUGACAUCUGCUCGGCCCCAGCGGGACUCAGGCUCCCAGUGUCGGGCCCGUUUCUUUCCUCCCGGGCACGGCAGUGCUCUCCUCACCACCUCUCCUCCAGUGACUCAGGACCGAUGUCCUCAGGGGGCUGGGGGUCCCCUCUGGCGGUCAGUGAUCCAAGAGUCCAUAAUGUUGGUUCCCAGCCUGUUUGCAACAGUUUCUGCUUGUUCUCAUCAUCACGGAAUAUGACAUAAACCAAGAAACACGAGCUGGAAAGAAAGAAAUGUGUCGUUCCUAGGAAAACUAAGCUGAAUGCUCUCAGAAGAUUCCAUGAGGCGAGUCUAGGGAAAACGUUCUCCAAAUGAGGUGAAGAUUGGUGGGAAACAUCACAAUUCUAAAGGAUGCGGCGCAGGUUCCUCACCGAGUGUCCCAAGGUCUUGGAUCACUUCCGAGAAGUCGUCGCUGAGGCCAAAGGCGGUGUGCCCAGCGGGGCGACUCCCAGAGGGUGGCGAGCUCCCAGGACAGGCCUCAGCCCCGCUUCCCAAGCGGGCAGUGCCACGCUGGCCAGUGAAGAGCGUGUGGUCGGGGACAGGACCGCUGAUCGUGCAGUUGUCGGGACACGUGCAGUGUCCGCAUCACCUUGAAGGACUCUUCACCCCGCGGCCUCCUGUGACCGCCACCGUCCCGGGCUUAUGGGCACCACGGCUCCUACCCUGCUCCAGAGGCGAGGGCUGGGGUGGUCUGUGUGAAACUGACCUCCGCCACACACAUGCACACGCCAUCUCCGCAGCACCUCCCCGAGGGAUGGGACGGAGCCGUGUGAAGCCGCUUUCCCUGCUGUCGUGUGGUCCAGGGAAUCCAGCAGAGCCUUGCCCACCACCGAUGCUGAACUAAUAUUUGCUGAAUGGAGUUAAACCAGCCUCUUCUGCAGGUACUGGGACGCGGGUGAGGUUUUCGUCUGAAUCCUGCAGCGCAGGAGGCAGCCUAUCCAUGCAUUUGGAAUCGUCCAGCCUGGAAGCCAACCUUGUCCUGGCCCUGCCUCCCCAGGCCCAGCCUCUCCUGUCCAGCCUGCCCGGCUGCAGCCCAGCCUUGGACACAUCGGGGCCCCCCAUCUGGGUCCCAGACACCCCCUGGUUCUCACAACCCAUGACACCCUAAAACCCAUAGGCAAAUUCCUAUAACUAGGUCUCCCCAGACGUGGCCAGUCUCCAGGGCUGCUUGGCCCAUGAAUCAGCUGUUACACUGGCCUCUUGCUUUGACUUUGGCCUUGAAUGCCACCCGACCCCGUUUUCUCACCAGAGCCCUGUCUUAACCUCAAGGUGCUAAAAUGGCAGAACUGAAACUUCAUAAGAACCUCCCAGUCCAGCCCUGUGUGUGGAGAUGAGGGUGGAGGCCGAGGAGGACAAGCAGGGGCCCCGGGGGCAGCAGCCAGAGCACUGUCCCGCCCCCUCACGUCCCCUGUGCCGUCCCAUGGGGCUCACACGCCCCUCGGCGCAGCCUUGUCUGUGUCCAGCCGAGGCCCCCCGUCUGCACUUGCUGAGGGGCUGGGCGGCGGGGGCCAGUCACGGACACGAACUGCGGUGGCUGGCGGGGAGUCCUGGCCUCGGCGGACACCGGGCCCCACCCUCGCUCUCGCCGGCAGGACCUCGCUUCAAGCACCGCAGUCUCCCUGCCGCACCCCUCCUCCUGGCUCUGGGUGCGGCCGAGCCCCUCCUCCAUCUUUGCACUGACUCCUCUGCCCGUGGCCACCAAGGGCCCAGGGCGGCCCUGGGUCUGCGGCUGCUUGAGCCUGGACCACAGGCAGGCUGCCCGCCACCCGUCCAGGGCCAGGCAGGAAAAGUGGGCCGAGGCCAGUGGUCAUCCUUGCAGCCCCGUCUCACACUUGGGCCUCUGGGUCUGGGGUAGCUUCCGCUGCUCCCAGCCCAGGUCCCCCCAGGCCUCUGCUCCCUGAUGCCCAAGCCCAGGCCCCAUUUCCCUCAGACCCGCCCCCUGCUGGCCAGCUGGUGCUCUCCAAGGCUGGGGGCUCUCCCUGCUCUGCUUCAUAACCGCCUGGUAAUUCGCUCCAUGAUUUUGCUGCUAUGCUUAUAAUAGCCUCCAUUAAAGUUAUGGGGUUUUCAAGCCUUAAUGGCUUCCAGAGUAAUUAAUGCACAACUGGGUUUAUGGCUAAGUUUAUUUUUAGAGCUUUUCUGCCCGCCCCACCCCCUUCCUUUCAUAGAAGUUUUGACCAGAUAGAGCAGAUGGGAUCAGAGCCUCCCUCCAAGGCCCUGGUGUCCACGGCCCCCCUUCCUCUCCUAGUACCCCUCCUGCUCCCCCCAGGGGGGUGCUGGGCCCUGCAGGGGGCCUCCCGGAAGGGGCUCUGGGGCCUGACCCUCCUUCCCGAGCUCCUGAUGCAGCUCAGACCCAAAGGGCCCGGAUUCAGGUCUGGCUCCACUGCACGCCGACGGUGACUUGGACAAGACGCGGACCCUCACGGCUUCUGCAAACUCCAGGUGGAAGGGGUCGAGGUCAGCGCCUGCGGCCUAGGCGUUGGGAAGACUGAACGUGGAGUGUCAAGUGCAUCUCUGGCCCCACAAAUGCUCCCCACCAGCUGUUCUUUGCUCAAACUGCAGCCCGGGCGGCCGAGGGAGGGGCAGGUGCCGGAGGCUGGAGGCUGCCCCAGCGCAGCUGCCUGAGUGCCAGGGCAGGCCAGCUCCCCACGGCUUCCCUGCCAGAACCAGAGCCUCCCCAAGACCAGGAUGCCUGGAAAAGCUCCAGGGCGAUCACAGGACCAGAGGAGACCUCCCAGCCAGCCCUACUGGAAGCGCCUCUGACCCCCAUCACGUGGCCUGAGACAGCCCCGCCAAACCGAGGCCCCAACUCAGCCCUUCGCAGCCCUGCCUGUGGCCUUGGAGCAGGGCAGGGGCUGGGCGGGGAGGUAGCACGAGCUCACGCAGCACAGGAGACCCAGACAGGCAUGCUGGGUGGGACUCUGGGCUCCCACCUGCUCAGGCCACGACAAGGAGUGUGGAGGAGACAGCUCGCACCCCAGGAUCAUUCCCUGCUCUGUGCCUGCACCGUUUAACCCCGGUGGCAGGGGGGCGGGCCGUGCACCAUCUGACUCCAAGGAGGCUGUGGAGCCAGGGGUGGCAGGGGCAGCGGGGCCACCCCGGGAGACCACAGUGCCCGUCACUGGAAGACAACACGGUUCUUGCACCAGGCAUGGGGACUGCUGGCAGAGAGAGGACCAGGCAAGGAGGAGGACGCACUGUCUCCAAAACAGGAGCCCAGGUCCUGCUCAGCCCUGGCUCUCAGCUCCGCGGGGGACGGAUGCGCGUCUGCGGGGGGCUGGGUGGGCAGUGAGCGGCCUCGGGGGCUCGGUGUGCCGGUGCUGGGCACUGGGGUGGCCCACACACCGGGACAGGCCAGGGCCGCCCAUGGCUGUCCUCCCUCACGCCUCCCCGUGUGGACCCCAGCUGCAUCUUGCACGGCACUCAGCUCAGAAGUGAGGAGGAAGGUGAACGUUGGGAUGUGACAGUUUCCAUGGCGGUCCGGAGGCUGAGCGCCUGUCUCCUGGCACGUGGGCAGCCAGGCCAGAGGGGAACUCUACCCACAGGGCACCUCUCCUGGAGCUCCUGGAGCCCCUGCUGCUGCCAUUUGAGUGCCGUCUCCCUGGGACAUGGCAGUCCUACCGGGAGCAUAUCUCCUGGCUGACGCCCAGCUGCAGCGCCCGGCCUCCGCCCUACCUCUGCGGGGGCUUCACAAGAAUAGAUCCUGUCCAGGUCCACUCCUUAAUCCAGGCUGUGAAAUAACCAUCUGGGCACAAGCCUGUGACCAUCACAGCUGCUGACUCGUUCCGAGUGCUUGCUGUGUCCAUCUGGUGCCAGCCCACGGGCUCCACGGGUGUUAACGCAUUUAAUUCCCAGAAGCCUUGGGAAGUAGGUGCUGAAGGCGCCCAUUUCAUAGAUGAGAAAACUGAGGCACAGAAGUGAGUUGGGGUUAAACCCAGGCAGGUGUGUCUGAACCCUGAGUGGACAGCACCCACCGCCACCUGUGAGGACAGAGGCUGGCCACACCCCACGGACUGGCAGAAGCCAGGCUCCACCCUGAAAACACGAUGCUGUGCGUCCCGAGCCGGCCAGCGGGGGCCCGUUCUGCCCAGGUCUCUGGCCGCCACCUUUGCUCUCUCUUGCAGGUGUCCACCCCGCAGGGUUCCUGACCCACCUCAGAAGGCAACACCCACCAGACUCCGGUAACGAGGAGCUGUGGGCCCAGCCAGCCUUGGAGAUGCCGAAGAGACGGGACAUCCUUGCGAUUUUCCUCAUCGUGCUGCCUUGGACGCUGCUCGUCACCGUGUGGCACCAGAGCACCAUCGCGCCCCUGCUCGCCGCACACAAGGCCCACAGGGCCCCAGGCAGGGAUGCGCUGACGUUCCCGCGGGUGGAGCAGAGGAGAGCUGCGUGGGGCGGGGGGGCCGAGGUACCUGCAGCGGAGCUGCCCACACCGCCCCCCCUCCAACCCGCAGAUGACGGCAGCGAUCCCCGACGCGAGGCGCCACCCGGCGUGGACCCCAGGGAGUACUGCAUGUCCGACCGCGACAUCGUGGAGGUGGUGCGCACCGAGUACGUGUACACGCGGCCCCCGCCCUGGUCUGACACGCUGCCCACCAUCCACGUGGUGACGCCCACCUACAGCCGUCCGGUACAGAAGGCUGAGCUGACGCGUUUGGCCAACACACUGCUGCACGUGCCCAACCUGCACUGGCUGGUGGUGGAGGACGCGCCGCGCCGCACGCCGCUGACCGCGCGCCUCCUGCGCGACACCGGCCUCAACUACACGCACCUGCACGUGGAGACGCCGCGCAACUACAAGCUGCGCGGGGACGCGCGCGACCCGCGCAUCCCGCGGGGCACCAUGCAGCGCAACCUGGCCCUGCGCUGGCUGCGUGAGACCUUCCCGCGCAACUCCAGCCAGCCCGGCGUCGUGUACUUCGCGGACGACGACAACACCUACAGCUUGGAGGUUUUCGAGGAGAUGCGCAGCACCAGGCGGGUGUCCGUGUGGCCCGUAGCCUUCGUCGGCGGCCUUCGGUACGAGGCCCCGAGGGUCAAUGGGGCCGGGAAGGUGGUCGGCUGGAAGACUGUGUUCGACCCCCACCGGCCGUUUGCAAUAGACAUGGCGGGGUUUGCGGUCAACCUGCGGCUCAUUCUGCAGCGAAGCCAGGCCUACUUCAAGCUCCGCGGCGUGAAGGGAGGCUACCAAGAAAGCAGCCUCCUGCGAGAACUUGUCACCCUCGGUGACCUGGAGCCCAAGGCGGCCAACUGCACCAAGAUCCUGGUCUGGCACACACGGACUGAGAAGCCGGUGCUGGUGAACGAGGGGAAAAAAGGCUUCACUGACCCCAUGGUGGAGAUCUGAGCCCCAGGACACAGGAGCCCCCUUCUCAGACCUGCUCCUGGCCACCUGUGCUCCCCACACGGGUGGUCCCUCCGAGGCGGACUCCUGUGGAAUCGCCGUCACCCUCCUUUCUACUCUGGGGCCUUCAGAGAGACCAGCCUGAUGCCAGGACAAAGGACGGAGACCCUAAAGCACAGAAACCCCAGACCUGUUGUUCUGUCCCAUCUGCCCUGGCAGGGCCGGCCAGGGCAGACACCAUGGGCCCCAAGCCCGGGAGUGAUGCCAGGCUGGGAGGGGGCAAAAGACCCCAGCAGUCCAGCAGAGGGCUCCCCGGCUCCCCCUCGAGGCCCCACGACCACACAGGACACCUGGCCAGGGACUGCGAAAGACGGCAAGCAGCCCCCACCCCCGGCAUCAGGAACGAGCUGCUCCGAGGAGAUGCAGCCCCUCCAGCCGGCUUUCCUCUGGCUCCUGCUUGCGGAGCGUAAGGCUGUCUGUGCUCCCGGCAGGCGGCCAGCCCUGUGUGCGGGGAGUCGGGCUGCCAGAGGGCUGCUCUCCCCAUACCUCAACCUCGUGGAGGGAGCAGAGCGCCCUCCCUGGCUCUUGUCCCAGCGCAAGGAAGGAGGUGGGCCCUCCACCCAGCACAGGGUAUAGACCACACGGCACCUCCCCAACGCCCACUGGGCUCCGGGCCCCUCGCCUGGGCUGGGACUGGGGAGGCAGGAGCCCCCAACCCAGAGCCAUGAGAACCACAGGCCUCAGGGGCUCGAGGGAGCAGGUGGGCCAGGAAGAGAGAGGAGGGGCCCGGGCGGUCCCAGGGCUCCUCCCUGCCCCUGGCUGGGGGACUCUGGAUUAGCAGAGGGAUUUACGGAAGGGGGCAGAGAUGAUCUGGACCCCGAGGGCAGGAUACCUGAGCACACACUGCUUUGGAAAUCAUGCGAUUUACACACCGAGUGGGAAGUAAAACCUCCCUCCUCCCUAAACUGGGGGCGCGAAGAGCAAGCCGGCCUCAUGUCCGGCCGCCCGGCCGCCCCAGACAAGGAACCGUGCGCGGCCCUCAGCCAGGAGGAGAGGUGCCUGUCUCCCUGGCUUCCCGACAGGGCCAGCCCUCUGCCGGUCUCCACUCACACUCCUGAGCGUUUGGAAGCACAAUUUUCCUCCCCUGUGGAGGCAGAGGAAGGGCCUGAGCCCACUGAACAGGUGUUUACUUUUAACCGCUAAUAGCCCCUACUCCACUUAGACUCAUGGGGUGGGUCUGCGGGCCAUGGAGAGCCCACUCCUGGGUGCAUGGGUGGGUGGGCAGUGGGCCGCAGCCCAGCGACCUAACAUUCACGGAGUAUCGGCUGCCUGUUUUUGAAGUGGAUUUAACUCCUCAGCAUAGUCACGAAACCUUCGAGGGAGGGGGAGGGCUCACGUCCCUGAGGGCCCUGAGCCACCUGCAGGACGUCCCACACCCAUGGUUGCCUGGGAACCAAGUGGGUGGCGGGGAAGGGAGGGUGGGCGAGGGCGGGCACCGUCGAGCAAGUGAACUCAUGCAGGGCUCUACUCUGCCUCACUCGCCGGAACCAGCCCCAAACGCAGGGUCAGCUUGGCUGGGCUUGGGCCACCUUGGCCCGAAACCCAGGGCUCGUUUUCAGGAAACUUGAUAACGACAACAUGGGUUCCUCUGUUCUUUCGGCAGAUGCUACUUCUAUUGUUUUCACCUAAUACCCUCUCUUAGCUGCAUGUGUAUUUAUUUAUAAUUAUAACCCUGAUGGACUGCAGCUUUCACCUUCAUUGGGAAUGAGUUUGCUAUGAAUCAGAAUUGGGUCCAUGGCUACAGUUUGUUUUCCAAACGCAGUGUGUUCCCUGCUCCCCCCUGCACAGGAGCGGGGUGGGGGCCGGAGGACAGAGACGGGGAAGGUGGAGCCCCCAAGCUGCACUAUCGGGUCUGUUUUAAUUUAACUGUAUUUAAUUUGUUUUGAAAUUAAAAGUCAAAUAUGGUUUUUAACAGUCUUAAUCCUCCUCA